AUGCCUACAGCGACUCGUCCACCGGGUUUUCCAUCAGCGACACUGCGGCCAACACCAUCUUCUGCUUCUGGAGUAAAUCAUGCGACAUCGUCUCCUUCUUCUCAAGUGCCUACCCAGCCACCUUUUACAGGAUGUGGAGGGCAACUAAACAGUACAAGUGGAACAUUUGCAUCUCCUGGAUAUCCAUUUUCUUACUUUAACAAUUUGAACUGCCUAUGGACUCUUCGUAUCCCCACCGACAGCGUUUUGAGUCUACAGUUUGAGAGGUUUAACACAGAGCAGUGGUAUGUGCAUCAUGAGUAUAACUGUGCCGGUUUUCCAUCAGCGACACUGCGGCCAACACCAUCUUCUGCUUCUGGAGUAGUUGAUGCGACAUCGUCUCCUUCUUCUCAAAUGCCUUCCCAGCCACCUUUUACAGGAUGUGGAGGGCUACUAAACAGUACAAGGGGAACAUUUGCAUCUCCUGGAUAUCCAUUUUCUUACUCAAAUCAUUUGAACUGCCUUUGGACUCUUCGUAUCCCCACCGACAGCGUUUUGAGUCUACAGUUUGAAAGGUUUAACACAGAGCAGUG